AUGCCCCCAGUUCUGUUUAUGGUUAUGUAUGUAUCAAUCCCCAGUAACUUCUCAAACUGGUUUUUGGCCAGCUCACACAGUGGGACCGCUUUUGCAAAGCGUCCAGCCUUUUAUGAGAAGAAACAAGUAAAACGACCCCAUCUAGGCGAAGUAUCAGCGCCACAUACUGGUGGAUUCUAA